AUGACAGAAGUAUUAGUUCCUUUACCUACAUUCGGUCGUCUUUCAGAACGUGUUUGGAGAGUGCUUGGGCUUAAUCCCGGAAAGUUUACUUUGCAGGGUACCAACACUUACCUUGUUGGUAAAGGUCCUCAAAAGAUACUUGUUGACAGUGGCCAGGGAAUACCAAAAUACAUUGAUCUGCUCGAGGACUCUUUGAAGAGUAUCUCUCCUGAUGCUUACAUAUCCGAUGUUCUUCUAACCCAUGGUCACCACGACCACUGUGGAGGUGUAAAUGACUUACUAUCGUCUUCUAUCAACAAAAAGCACCCAAUCAGAUUUCACAAAUAUCCUCUUCCAUUGGGAGCUGACAAAACAUCUACGUCAGAUCUUUCCUCGUUUACCAUAUAUCCAUUGACCAAUAACCAAAUAUUCAAAGCCGAGUCAGCAACUCUCAAGGUCAUACAUACCCCCGGCCAUACCAAAGAUCACUGCACACUUUGGCUAGAAGAAGAAAAAAGUUUAUUUAGUGCGGAUUGUGCACUUGGGCAAGGCACAGCUGUAUUUGAAGACCUGAGUGAGUAUAUAUGUGGCCUAAAAUAUCUUGCUACGCUGAAGCCUAUCCAGCUUUAUCCGGGCCAUGGACCUGUGGUUAAAGAUGGCGUGAAAAAAAUCAAUGAGUUAAUACAACACCGGCAAGAACGUGAAAAUCAAAUUGUUAGCUUGCUCAAAUCGGAUCAAACGAAAAACUGGACGGCCUUUGACAUAGUUGGUGUGCUUUAUAAAGACUAUCCAGAGUCAUUACACCUUCCAGCAGUACGGGGCAUUUUACUUCACCUAGAAAAGCUUAGGGACGAAAACAAAGUAAAGUUAUCUAAUGAGUCUACUUCUGAAACAGAUAUAUCAAAAUUAGCCCGCAAUGAGUGGGUCCUUGUAAAGUGA